UAUAAAGGUCCCUGCACCCUCCAACCACCAGCUCUGUUUGGCUCCAGGUGCCCCCCUUCUCAGCAUGGCGCUGCCCUGGGCCCUUGCCGUCCUGAGCCUCCUUCCUCUGCUGGACGCCCAGAGCCCAGCGUGUGCCAAGUUCAGGGCAGCACCUAUCACUGACGUCACCCUGGUUCGGCUCUCUGGCAAGUGGUUUUACAUCGCGUCAGCCCUGCGCAACCCUGAGUACAAGGAGUCGGCUAAGAUGUAUCAGGCGGCCUUCUUUUACUUUGCCCCCAACUACGCGGAGGACACGAUACAGCUCAGGCAGUACUUGACCACGGGGAACAAGUGCGUCUACGAAGCCGGCAUCUUGACUGUCCAGCGGGAGCGUGGGACCAUAUCCAAACACGAGAAUGGCAGAGAACAUGUUGCCUACGUGUGGCUCACCAAGGACCCCAGGACCUUCAUGUUUGCCUACUUCCCAGAAGAUGAGCAGAACGUGGGGCUCUCCUUCUAUGCAGCUGACAUGCCGGAGGUGACCCCAGAGCAAUGGAGUGAGUUCCAUGAAGCCAUCAAGUGCAUGGGCCUGGACAAGUCGGAAAUUAUAUAUGCAGAUGUCGAAAAGGUGAAUAGAAGGAGGGCUGGGCAGUGCCCACCCUGAGGGUGGUCCCACCUUGGGCAGCCCCAGGGGCCCAGAGAGGG